AUGGCAAAACAUGCGCCUUUAAGUUUAAUUAUACGAGCUANAGCAUAUAUGACGAUCAUAAAUGCUUAUGAAGUUUUCUCUGAUGGCAAGAGUCCAUUGCAUAAUAGUUUAACUGCAGUACAAACAUUAUUGGGAGCAUUAUUACAAGAAAAAGUUAUCGAUAAAAAGUUAUGCAGUAAACUUCUUCCCAAAAUGAACAACCUAGAAUUGGCUCAUUUUCAUUUUAUACCAAAGCCUCAUAAACCUGGCACUCCAUUGAGACCCAUUAUUGCCUCAAUCAAUGCACCAACAACGAAUAUUUCCAAGUUUCUCAAUGACCUUUUAACUCCAUUGUUUUUGAAAGUAACUCGAGAAACAACAUUCACGAACAAUCUGUAUACUAUGAUACCACGUACAGGUGCAUUACAAGCAUUAGCUAGUUUCGUGGAAGAGCUAUGGAGUCCCAAUCAAAGUUCUUUUUUUCUUCUUCUCUCCAAAUAUAUCGAUGACAUUGUCAUGACUACCAAUUUAUCUAUCGAAGAAAUAACCAAUCUAUUAGAGAAAAUGCAACACAAAGAUCCGAAUAUUAGUAUCAGCUACAAGAUCGAUUCAGCCAUUGAUUUUCUUGAUGUUGCCAUCGAAAACAAUCUUGGUCAUCUCAAAACGUCCAUCUUUCAUAAAUCAUCUGCUGAAUCAUACAUCUUGCCGUAUACAUCGGAUCAUCCGCAUCAUAUUCACCGAAAUAUUCCAUAUGCUGCAUUACUACGAGCUGCUCGAUUAUGUUCCAAUGUACGAGAUUUCGACAUGGAACGGAUCCGAAUUGAUGUAUCAUUGUUGUUAAAUGAUUAUCCUUUCGAUUUUAUUUCAGAACAUUUCCAACGAUUUUUUUAUAUAAGUAACGCUCAGAAGGUUGUCAUACAAUCGGAUCAAGAAACCUAUUCUCAAUUACAUCAUCGAUUACUUCAUCAGCUUUCACAACGUGAGAAACAAUUGCAAUCAAUGAUGCAAAAUUAUGAUCAAGUACCCGGCGCUCUCGUAGUGAAACCAUGGAAUACUAAACUGAUGUAUCCAAAUUUAUCUUCGAAAGUGGCCCAACACGCAAUCUUCAACCAGCAUUUUACAAAUGGUGGACAAAAUGGUACAAAUAUCCAGGUUCAAUUGUAG